AUGACACUACGAGAGGUGCUAAUGUGCCAGACAUCACUUGCGGCUCCACUUACCAAAUAUCAUAUGGAACCACCAGCAGCCCAGGCAGCGCCCUGGCAAUCUGGAUACACACAUCUUGGCUGUUUUGAGCAGCGCCAGUCUCUUCAAUGGGGAGAACCAGAACCUUUGUGGUUCCAAAAGCCACGUUCCAAGCCAAAGCGGGCCCCAGUUCAGUCUUUUAUGAACCCAACGGAAUCUUUCGAGCCUGCGAUGGCUCAGGCGCAAUACCAGAAGCCUCCUUUUAUGCCGCAACAAGCGAUGGGCUUCAUGCCACAGCACCAGCAGUUCAGCGGCUUCUCGGGCCAACAGCCGUACGGCCAAUUCCCCUACAUGGGAAGUCCUUAUGGCUUCAUGCAGCCCCAACCUAUCAUGCAAAAGCCCGUGCUGGGCCAAUUCGGCGGUCCCUCAAUUCCAACCGUGAUGCACGAGAAUAGCGAUGUUGAGUCAGAAUACUAG